AUGCUCAUCUCUGGCUCAGUGAUCCGCGGUUUCAUUGCUACCUUAUAUCUUUUGAUCAUCUCAAUGGCAACAUUUCUAACACUUUUCUUUUAUUCUGAACCAGUGCUCUUUGCAUUUGUGAUCAUCGCAGUAUGCCUACUCGUCCUAUCGUAUCCCAUACUGUGCCUAUUCACAGUAACCCGAUCCUACGAUUUGGAUAUUCAAGGAAUUUGUUCAUUCGAUUGGAUUCCAAUUUCUUCAGACAUUGAAUCUUUUGAAAAGAAGGCCAAGGAUAUGGAAGAGAAGCCAACAAAACUUGAUGAAGCUUUUAUAUAUGCCUAUAUGUAA